GCAUCAGUGGAGGACAGACGAAGAUGAGGUACAAUCAGAGGGCUUAGUGGGAAGGAAAGCAAGAAUUGAUAACGAACUUUGGAACAUAUGGACGGUAUAGAACAGAAGGGAUAUGAAGGGACUGGGUGCAAAAAUAAAAGAGCUAAUUAAAGAGGAGGAUGAAGGAAUGCUAGUCAUGGGACUGAUAGAUAGAUAUAGUUUUUAUUCCAGCUUUUAAGCCACGAAAUGGACUUAGAUUACAAUCCACUAAACCAUAUACACCCUCACUCAUAUCACCAUACUCAAUAUCUUACAUGCUAAACUUAAAAUGAAUAACCCUUAAUCUACAUACAUCGAAUCCUUAAACUACCCUUAACAUUAACUUUGGUCUCUUUCUAUUUUACAUUUUUUCCUUUCCUUCCUCUUCGUCUCAAUCUUCCUUACCCACUCUGCUACCCUCUCAUCCGCCCUCCCCUCUACCAACGUUUCCUCUUUUAAUUCUCCUCUUUCUAACUCCUAGCAGUCCUCUAUGAGGUGUUUCAGCGUCCCUUUUUCCAAUUUGCACAAACCGCACUUUCUGUCCUCCUAUUUCAGCCAAUAUCUGUUUCCCUCUUCUAAAUUCCCACACCUUAUCCUAGCUAUAAGUUUUUGAUUAUCUCCCUUUCCUGUUUUAUUUAAAUACUCUGGCCGUAGUGCUGUUACAAUGUAUUUAUAUCUGCUGUUAUAUGUUGCCUCUCUUAUCUUAUGGUAUUAUACUUGUUUUUGCACUUGGAUAUUUUUGGACUCUUUCACUACAUCUCUCUCUCCUUCUCUUAACUCCUCGACUCCCGCUUGACUAUAUCCGUUUCUUCUCAGGUAAUCCGUUCUUUGAUAUAUCUUGUCUCCUCCGCCGAUGUCUCCUUUUCCUUCAGCCAUUCUUUUAACAGCUCCCUGCCGACUGCAUUCCUAAUCUUCUCUUCAAAUCUUCAAGUUUUAUCCCCGUCCUGAUUCUAUUUUCUUCCUUUUUGUUUCCUCUAGGAUCAUGUAUUUUGGUGUACAGAAAUCCAAACCGAGACACCACCUUAUAUACUUUGUUUGUACCCCUUCUAACUCCGCCCUCUCCCUCCAUCCAAAAACCUCCACCCCAUAUAGCAUCACUCCCAACACCAGACUAUCAAACAUUACAAGCCUUCUUCUAAAAUCUCCUUUGAACUUCCGUUCUCCUAUUCCCCAUACCUGUCUGAUUAUAACAUUCGCCUUCUUUACUCUCUCUUUUACAUGCCUGGCCAUGUCUUCGUUCCUUUGGAAGUGCACCCCCAAAUACACAAACUCUUUCACCGUCUCCAAAACUUUUCCUUUCCACCUUCACACUCGUUCUUUUCCCCUCUCUCACCCCCUUUCUUAAAUAUCAUUACCUUUGAGUUUUCUGUGUUUAGGCUUAACUUUCUUUUAUCUAAAUAUCUUUCUAGUGUUUUCAGCAUCUCCUCCAGUUCUUCUGCUCUCUGUGCAUUGGGAGGAGACUGGAAUGCAAGAAUAGGAGAAAACGGUUAGAUAUACAAUGAAGAAAGUAAGGGCUAAACUAAGAGGAAAACUAAGGAUAGAGUGAAAAACAUAGAGGCAGAACAUAUUCUACAGUUAACAGAGGGCAGAGGUUGGCAGAUAGCAAAUGGAAACAAACAGGGAGAUGAGGAAGGAGAAUGCACGUAUACUAUAGGUAGCAGAGGGGAAACGGUGAUCGAGUAUGUGAUAUUAAAUUCAAUGGCCUUAGAAGGCACCUAAAGGUUUGAGGUGGUAGACAGAGUGAAGUCAGAUCAUCAUCCCAUUGCGAUUACGUGUUGGGGGAUGGGAAACGGAAAAGAGGAAGGAAGGGAGAAGGAGGACAGGGAAAUAGAAAUUUGGUGUUGGAAAGAGGAAAAUGUGCAGUCGUUUAAAGGUAAGACAGGUAACAGAACAUUUGGACAGGAGGGGGUGGAGGAGGGUUGGACGGAAUUAAGGAAGGCAAUUCGGGAAUGUGGAGUAAAGAGAAAGGUGAAGAUCACAGAAAGAAAAAUACGUUAUAAGUUUUGGUGGGAUAAGGAGUGCGGAAAAGGCGAAAGGAAACUAAAAAGACUAUACAGGAAAUGGAAGGCAGGAAAAGUAACAAGGGACGAAUAUUUGAAAGGAAAAGCUGAAUUAAGAACAAUUAUAUGAGGAGAAAGAAAAGAGGAAAAGGGAAAAGGAAAUAGAAGAGAUCAAAAAGGCAAAAACGGAGGCACAGAUGUGGAAGUAUAUCAACAAAGAGCGGAAAAACAGAGUCACCAUAGGAGAGACUAUCAGAAUGGUGGAUUGAUUAAAGCAUUUUAGCAACUUAUUAGGGGGAAGUCAGGAAAAAAUAACAGGUUGCAGAAGGGAAAGAAUGAGUGAAGUGAAGUGGACGAGGAAAAGAAACUAUCACGCGGAGAAAUAGAGUAUCAGUUACAAAGGCUAAUGUAGCGGUAUAUGGUUUGCAGAUGCGCGAGGGUAAAACUGACCGCUUGCAGAUGUUAGGUUUUAAGGUAAUAAAACCUACCUGGUAUUUGCAAGACGGCAAAUUAUUUUUACAUUCUUAAGAAACCGUUUCCGUAAAAUGUGUCCUUCUUUACAACUUCUGCCAGCCAUAUACCGCCAAGGUCUUUCCGACCGCGCGGGUAGUGCGGUCCCGAAAUGACCUUAUUGCCUACAUGUGGCAACCACCUUUGCUAGUCCCGAAAACUCAUCGACCAUCCCCGCCAAAUUAAGGCGGUGACAAAUUCCACCCCCGGUAUCUUCGGAAAGGUAACGCCUUUCCGAAGAAUACUAUAAAGGUAGUGGAAUUUGCAGAAGGAUACAGUCAGUCGCUCGUUGUUUACGGGACUCCGAGCCUAGAAAUACUCUUUGCAUGAUUUACUUUGUAAACAUUUUAAUUUACAUGUUUAUUAAAAUAUAUAUACAAAUAUUAAACUCACGCGCAAUCAUUUUAGUAACCCCAGCUGUUACAGCUAUAGAAAGGGAAAGUAGCAGGAGGAGAUGGGAUUCUUCCGGCGGAGGAAUGGAAAUACUGCCAGGGUAAAACUAGGGAGAAGUUGAUAGAUAUAUUUAGAAAAGUGUGGAGAGGAGAAGGUUUCCCGGCGGAUUGGAGAAAAGGGGUGAUAGUUCCUAUUCACAAGAAAGGAGAUGUAGAGGAGACUAAAAACUACAGGGGAGAUUAAAGAAGGAAGUGGAGGGAAAGAAGAUUUUACCAGAGUCGCAGGCUGGUUUCCGCAAGGACAGAGGAACGAUGGACAACAUAUAUGUGCUACAACACAUAGCGGAGAGCUAACUGAGAGCAGUUCCAUAUCUGUGCCUCCGUUAAAGGAACUGCAAAGAAGAGAGGAAAACUAUAUGCGCUAUUUAUAGACCUGAAGACAGCGUUUGAUAAAGUAGCAAGAGAAGAGCUGUGGAGGGUGAUGGAGAGAAGGGGCAUACGUAGAGGACUUAUAGGAAGGAUGAAAGAAAUAUAUGAAGCAACAGAAAAUGUAAAGUAGGAGAAGACUAGGAGAAGAAGUAUCGGGGAGUUUCAGGACAAAGACAGGAGUAAGACAAGGCUGCCCAUUAAGUCCAACGCUGUUCACGAUAUUUAUAUCGGAUCUGGAGGAGGUAUUGAGAAAAGGGCGAGCAGAAGGUAUAGUCAUAAGAAAGGAAAAGGCUUGGUCGUUGGCAUAUGCUGAUGAUAUAGUAAUGAUGGCACAGAGAGCAGAAGAAUUGGAGGAGAUUCUAAGAACACUAGAAAGAUAUUUAAAUAAAAAAAAAAGUUAAGCCUAAAUACAGAAAACUCAAAGGUAAUGGUAUAAAGCUGGAAUAAAAACUACAGGGUGUCCCAAAAAUGUUGUUACACCUUGAAAGGGGUGGUUCGGGAGGUGAUUUGAAACAACUUUUUCCUUAGCGAAAAUGUUGUCCGAAGCUUCGUUAAGGAGAUAUUAACGGAAAACACUGACCAAUCAGAACGCGCGUAUACCGUUGGAGCGGCCGCGGUAGCGUAUGAGCGCAGCCGCCAAGCGCGUCGUAGGGUACGCUCAACCGGCAUACUCGCGCUCUGAUUAGUCGAGGUUUUCGCUUAAUAUCUCCUUACUGAUACCUCGGACAACAUUUUCGCUAAGGAAAAAGUUGUUUGAAAUUAGUGGUUGUCCUGAACCACCCUUUUCAAGGUGUUAUAACAUCUAUCUAUCUAUUUUAAAUAUUUCCGCGCGAACUGCGUUUGAAAUCGCCGCUUCUGAUUGGCCCACGCGAUUCAGGCGUUACCAAUGAAAUUCAAAGCUUGCGCUGUAGUCGUCCAGUCAAUCCAGUUGCUCGUGGAUCCACGUGGACGUGGAUCAAAACAUGCGAAAUUGAAGUUUUGAAAGUACCUUUUCGAGGAUAGUUUUGACUUGAUAUUACGAACAAUUUUAAAGUGUAACAAAGUGCUUAAAAAUGAAUUAUGACAUAUCUAAUCUAACGGGAGUUCUGCGAUCUGUGUUUGGUUAUGAAAACUUCAAAAAUGACGUUCAGAAAGAAGCAACUAUCGCGAUCAGCACAGGUUCAGAGUAUGUGUGCAUAUCUAUGCCUCCUGGGUUCGGUAGAAAUCUUUGCUUUCAGUUACCAGUCAUUUCACAACAGGGCAAAAUCGGUGUAAUUUUUUCACCAAAGUUAUCUUUGAUGAAGAAACAUGUAGAUUUUUUAAGAGGCAAACACAUCAAUGCACGUUUAUUAAACAAGAGCUUAUUCGAUAACGAACGGAAAGCAAUUUUAAAAGACUUAACAUCGGAUACUCCUACAAUCGUAUUGUUGUAUUGCUCGCUUGAAAUAGUUAUGUGUCCAUAUUUUAAGAGUCUCAUGUUUUCAUUAAAAGAACGUAAAGUAUUGUCUUAUAUUGUGUUCGACGAAGCGCAUUGUUUAAGCGAAUGGGGAUAUGAAUAUAAAGCUUCAUACAAAAAAAUAAGUGUAUUACAUGGUAUAUGUAUGGGUGUUCCUACAGUUUGGGUGACUACAACCGUUACAGACAUGGUGAUCGAAGACAUUUGCAAACUGUUGACACUGAACGUUCCAAGAAUAUUUAGAAUACCGGUGCAACAAAUCAAUGUACAUCACGAUGUAUGGUUUGUAGACACACUUUCUAAUCCGUUAGAGCAUCUUAAAAGUUUUGUGAUAGAAGCACUUGGCUUCUUACAUUCGUCUACUCAUAAGAUACAUACAGGUCUUGCCAUUGUUUACUGUAGAGAGGAAGUCACAGCAGAGUUAAUAAAAAACAAGUUAAACGCUUUUGGUAUACCCACUGUUACAUGUCACCACAAACAAAAUAAUAGCACACGACGUAAUGUAGAAAAUAUGUGGAUAUCUGGAGAAGCUACUGUUAUUACUACUACGUAUGAUUAUGGAUUCAUUUAUAAAAAACCAAUUAGAUGCACAGUCUACUGGACAGUACCUAAAAAUCUUAGCAAAUACUAUAGAAAAUCUGCGCAAACGUGUACAGAAAACGGCCAUACAUAUUGCAGAAUAUAUUUUAGCAUGAAGGAAUAUUCUUCUGUGAAGUUGUUGAUUGAAAAACACGAUACAAUCGACGAUUCGGCGCUUAUUAGAAAACAAUUAUGCGAGUACGACAAGCUAGUCAAUUAUUGUUUAUCGAUUAAAUGUCGUCAUGCAGUUAUUAGCGAAUAUUUUGGGUAUACAACAAUGUCUUGCGAAACGAACUGUGAUGUUUGCAAAGACAAGGAAAUGGUGAAUAUAAGAACUCUUAAGUUUAUUACGUAUUCCGAAAAUGUAGGAGUUAAAUACAGUUGUGACUCAAACGAGGAUGAUAAAAAGCAAUCGAUGGAAAUUUUAGAAGAUAAUUUGAAUAAAUUCGAAAUUUCCUGUAAAAAAGAACCUGCUGCAGACAGGCUCGAUGAAAAGGGGAUUGUGCAAUGUAACGAUAACUUGGCAAUGAAUAAGCAAAAACCGUCGUCCAGCGAAAGUAGUUCAGUAGGCGCGCAAUUAUUUGUAAAGGACUCUUCACAAACUUCCAUGAAGGAUACGAUAAAAUGCGUCAGACGUAUUUCAAACGUAAUGAAUGCGUGUAAAUUGAGAACAAUGCAGGUGGAGAAGCACACCGUAAUCAAUGGGGCGAUAUCGUUCGUACCGCCAUCGUGUGGUUCUAAGAAUAAGGUUAACAAAAAAUCAGCAGAAAGAAUAAGUAGCACUCGGGUUUCCAGCGAACGAAAGGAAUUGAAAAACGAGUCGAGGACCAAUUCUGGAGACGUAAACAGCGUUGGUAGCAAGCAGGAGGUUCGAAAGAGGGAUCGAAUUUCAGAGAGCAUUUCGGGUCGAGAAGAAAGAACGAAACCUGAAAAUGGACAUGACGAUGAUAGUAUGCGAAAGAUCGAGAAGAGGGAUCGAAUUUCAAAGAGCGAUUCUUGCGAUGUCAUUGUCAUCUUCGAGGCGAUAGAACAAACGAGAAAACGAAAAAAUCGUUCCGUUUCCAUGGACACGUAUUCCGAUGAGUUCAAGUCAAAAAGAAGGAAAUUGAGAACCGAAAAUAAAUCGAGCAGCGCGACACGGAUACAGAUGGUUAGAGGAACUUCCGAUCAGGAUAAACGCGUGGAACGCGUCAAGGAUAAUGCGGAUGAGAUCGCACCGCGUGGCCAAUCGAUGGUAGAGCAUUUGAUGGAGAAAUACAAGUUGAACAAAGAUUCGAUAACGUUGGUUCCGCGUAAUGCAGAUGAGAUCCCGCUGCGUGGCCAAUCAACAGUAGAAUAUUUGAUGGAGAAAUACAAGUUGAGCAAAGAUUCUAUAACGUUGGUGCCGCGGAGGAAAUAAUUGCGGGACAAUGCAAUUAUUGUGAAAUUAAUAAGAACGUUUAUUCGAUUAUAGUUGCAGUUUUAUUUUUUGAACAUUUUUAAUAUUUAAUCAAUUUGGGCGAUGUUAAUGUGAGACAAUCGAAUGUACAGGGUGUCCCAAAAAUGUUGUAACACCUUGAAAGAGGUGAUUCAGGAGGUGAUUUGAAACAACUUUUUCCUUAGCGGAAAUAUUGUCCGAGGCGAGAGUUGGAACGCUCGCGGUAGGCGUAGACAGCGCGCUAGGCGAAUGCGCUCAUACGCUACCGGCAUCCUUGCGCUCUGAUUGGUCGGAGGUUUUCCGUUAAUAUCUCCUCAACGAAGUCUCGGACAACAUUUUCGCUAAGGAAAAAGUUGUUUCAAAUUACCUCCCAAACCACCUCAUUCAAGGUGUUACAACCUUUUUGGGACACCCUGUAUGUUGUACUGGUGUGCGUACGUCGUUUUUUAUUAAAAAUUCUACAAAUAAAUUACUUUGCAAUAAUAUAAUUUUGGAAAAUUGUGAAAUUAAUAAGAACGUUUAUUCGAUUAUA